UAAGCCAUAUUAUAAGGGAAAAAAAUUAACAAAUUAUACAUUAAGCACCCUAAACAUAAAAGUAGAUUUAAAAUCAUUACCUGCUGGUUAUCACACAGAAUAUCCACCAAAAAAGGAUUUGUGUGAUAAUUGUGACAAAGCAUUUGAUCCAAACUUUCCAUAUACCGAUGGGCAUGUAUUGAUUUGUGGCCAUAGUUAUCAUUAUGAAUGCUACGAAGAUCUUGGAAAAA